CUCAGCUGAAUCUGACCAGAUUUCUGGGCUGAAAUACAUCUCUGAAUUUGGAAUGAUGGGGCCCCUGACCACUGUCUUCUUCCUGCUAUUUUAUUCAGGGACCACAGUUCUUGGCUAUCGGCCCCUAAAACCACCACAAUCAUGUGAUUCUCUGGUCUAUAAGGACUCAGCCCAGUCAAAACCCACGUCUUUAUUCACCAACAAAGCCUACUUCAAUGGACAACUCGUUUACCAAUAUGAUAGCAACAGCCAGAAGGCGGUGCCUGAACCAGGAUGGGACAAUGUGGAAGACUGGGAAAAUCUGAGUCAACUUCAGAAACAAAGAGGAGAUUUUUUAACAGAGAACCUGAAAGAAAUCAUGGACUUCAAUCACGAUGCCAGUGGUUCACAUGUCUUGAGUGGACGUUACGGCUGUACACUUUGCCAGGAUGGUGCCACUGACGGAUUCUGGAGUUAUAACUAUGAUAGAAAACCCUUCAUUGAAUUCGACAAAAACCAACCAGCCUGGAUCCCAAAGGUUCCUGCAGCUGAAAUGAUCAAAGAACAAUGGGAGAAAGACCCAGGUGCUGUGGAUCGGUCCAAGGAUUACCUGGAAAAGGACUGUAUUGAGAAGCUCAAACAAUACCGUGAUUAUAAGAAGGCUAAUUAGGACAAGCCAGGGGGCCAAGACAGGGGAAUUAAGCUCCAUCCUAAUCGCAAUCAAGAAGAGAAUGAGAAGCUGUGAAGAUCUUCAUCAUCAUGGCUACCACCAUCACCACUAUCACUAUACUUAACAGUCACCUGUCGGGGGCAGCUAGGUGGUGCAGUGGAUAGAGCACCGGCCCUGGAUUCAGGAGGACCUGAGUUCAAAUCCAGCCUCAGACACUUAACACUUACUAGCUGUGUGACCCUGGGCAAGUCACUUAACCCCCAUUGCCCCACCAAAAAAAAAAAAGUAAAAAAAAAAAAAUAGGCAGUCACCUGUCAUUGGAUUUCCA